CGCCAGGCCAGUAGGGGUCGCUCGCAAUACAGCAAAUCCUCACUGUGAACCUGUGGGUCCGUCACCGAGUGGUCAUCAUCUUGCCCUGCCGGGUUGAAACCAAAAUGCAGCACAUAUUCUGCUUUAGUUAAAUUUAGCUAGUUGUAUGUAGUUUUACUUGGGCAAGGGUAUCUGGUCUUAAGGCGUAUUUGUGUUGCGUAAUCGUGUAAACUUGGAGCAUUCGCUUUCAGUUGAGAGCAGUUUGUCACAAACAUGGCUCCAACCAUUCAGACACAAGCGCAACGAGAAGACGGCCACAGUAGGCCAUCUGCACACAGAACAGUUCCAGAGAGGUCAGGGGUGGUCUGUCGGGUGAAGUACUGCAACAGCCUGCCUGACAUUCCCUUUGACCCCAAAUUCAUUACAUAUCCAUUUGAUCAGCACAGGUUUGUACAGUAUAAAGCCACUUCUCUAGAGAAGCAGCACAAGCAUGAGCUCCUGACUGAGCCAGACCUUGGGGUCACCAUUGAUCUCAUCAACCCAGAUACAUACCGCAUCGACCCGAGUAUACUGUUGGAUCCUGCUGAUGAAAAACUGUUGGAAGAGGACAUCCAGGCUCCAUCCAGUUCGAAGAGGUCACAGCAACAUGCCAAAGUGGUCCCGUGGAUGAGAAAGACAGAAUAUAUUUCUACAGAGUUUAACAGAUAUGGUGUUUCCAAUGAGAAGGUGGAGGUCAAGAUUGGUGUAUCUGUCAAACAGCAGUUUACAGAAGAAGAAAUCUACAAGGACAGAGACAGCCAGAUUUCUGCCAUUGAGAAGACGUUUGAGGAUGCACAGAAAACAAUUACGCAGCACUACAGUAAACCCAGAGUUACACCGGUGGAGGUACUACCUGUGUUCCCUGACUUCAAGAUGUGGAUCAAUCCAUGUGCUCAGGUCAUCUUUGAUUCUGAUCCUGCACCUAAAGACAUAUCAGGAUCAGCAGCAGUGGAAAUGAUGUCUCAGGCCAUGAUCAGAGGUAUGAUGGAUGAGGAAGGAAAUCAGUUUGUGGCUUACUUCCUGCCCAAUGAGGAAACACUUCGCAAGCGCAAGAGAGACAACGAUGAGGGACUAGAUUAUAUGCCUGAGGACCUGUACGAUUACAAGAUUGCCAGGGAGUACAACUGGAAUGUCAAAAACAAAGCCAGCAAGGGUUACGAGGAGAAUUACUUCUUUAUCUUCAGAGAUGGAGAUGGUGUUUACUACAAUGAGCUUGAGACAAGAGUGCGUCUGAGCAAGAGAAGAGCCAAGGCUGGAACUCAGUCGACCACAAACGCUGUGCUGGUGUGCAAGCACAGAGAUAUGAAUGAGAAGGAGCUCGAAGCCCAGGAGGCGCGUAAAGCUCAGCUGGAGAACCACGAGCCGGAAGACGAAGAGGAAGACAUGGACAUGGACAAGGACGCACAGGACUCUGGUGACGAUAAAGAGAAGGGCAGCGGCAGUGAGGCAGAGAACUCUGGUAGUGAAUCAGAGAGGGAAGAUGAAGACCGGGAACAAAGGGGAGAAGACGACGAAGAGGAUGAGGACAGAGGGAAGCGGAGGAGGAAGGCGAGCGGCAGCGGGAGCGAGAGCGGCGAGGAUAGAACCAGAGAAAUGCGGGACGAGGAAGAGAUUUUUGGCAGUGAUGAUGACAGCGACGACAACGAGCCCAAGAACUCGGGCCGGAGCAGCGGGGAGGAGGGCAGUGGAAGCGAGGAUGAAGGAGGGAACAGCGCAGGCAGUAGGAGUCGCAGUGCCUCUCCGGCACGCAGCGACCGCAGCAGCGACCACUCGGAGAGGGCUCAGAGUGGAAGUGGAAGUGAGAGAGGAUCAGAUUCCAGCGAUGCCAGUGACAGCGAAUGAGAUCUGCGUCGCAGACGGCAAGGUGAUGACCGCCUGUCUCAACUGUAUGUUCAGCUCCAAACACAACAGUGACGCUGAUCUUAGUUCCGUCUGGGGCUGUAGUGUCUUGAUCUUUACAAAUAUCAAAGGAAAUUUUCUUCUUUUUUUUUUUGCGCAAGAUGCUCAUUGGUUUUGCACCAGGGGCGUCUGUUCAAUCCCAUUUUCAUUUGUAGAUUUAACUUGUGCGCUUGUAGCUAUUUGUGCACCAUUCCUCUGUUGUUUUUUUCUGUCAGAUAUUCUGUGCAAGAUCAUGUAAAAAAUGUCUUUAUUCACUCAGCUUUUGAAUUGUCAUUGUGUUACGGCUUUGAGGCAGAUAAUAAAAUGCAGGUGACAUUUUGUAAGAA